AUGAUACUCCCUUCGCUUUUCUCCAAUCAGCCAGGCCCACCAUGUUCGGCGCUUUUCUUAACGGUGUUACUGGGAGUCCAAGCGGUUCAUGCGGCCAUUCCGCUGGACCUUGGCAGCCCAGACUCGAUUAAGAGUGCAGCAAAGCAGAUUGCGGGCGGAAUGGUAAAAUACUAUACUGGAUACAAACCAGGCGACGUUCCCGGCAACUUGCCCGAUCCCUACUACUGGUGGGAGGCUGGAGCUAUGUUCAGUGCCUUGAUUGAUUACUGGUACUAUACGGGCGAUGAUCAGUAUAACGAUAUCACAACCCAAGCUAUGCUUCACCAAGUUGGGAAGGAAAACAACUAUAUGCCUCUUAAUCAAACCUCGACGCUCGGAAAUGACGACCAGGCAUUUUGGGGCAUGGCCGCCAUGAGUGCCGCCGAGAACAAAUUCCCCAACCCUCCGGAUGACAAACCACAGUGGCUCGAGCUCGCCCAGGCUGUCCUGCAUUCUCAGGUGCCCCGUUGGGACGACGAGACCUGCGGAGGUGGCUUAAGAUGGCAGAUUUUUUCGUUUAACAAGGGUUAUAACUACAAAAACUCUAUCUCCAACGGCUGUUUCAUCAAUCUGGCCGCGCGGCUCGCACUAUACACCAAGAACGAAACUUAUGUUGAAUUAGCAGAGAAGCAUUGGGACUGGAUGACUGCUAUCGGACUGAUCAGCCCUACUUCCCAGGUGUUUGACGGGUCGGACGUGGUCAAGAAUUGUUCUGAGCUCUCCCACAUCCAAUGGACCUACAAUAACGGUGUCUUAAUGGGAGGAGCCGCCGCGUUGUAUAAUUUUACAAAGGGAGCUGAUAUUUGGGAAAAACGACUUAAUGGUCUCAUCGAUGCAGCUGGCAUUUUCUUCUCCAAGGAUCCGCCAGAUGUUAUGACCGAAGUGGCUUGCGAGGGCAACGGAAAGUGUAACAUCGACCAACGGUCUUUCAAAGCCUACCUUUCCCGAUGGAUGGCAAUGACGAUCAAGCUCGCGCCGUAUACGCGUGACAGACUGCUACCGAAGCUGCAAGCAUCCGCCACAGCAGCGGCAUUGCAAUGUAGUGGCCCUGAUAACGCGUGUGGUCUGCGCUGGACCAAGGGUGAGGCUUACGAUGGCUCUACCGGCGUUGGAGAGCAGAUGGCCGCGUUGGAGAUCAUCCAGUCGAACCUCAUCGACCUUGUUGCAGGCCCGGCAGACAAUUCCACGGGUAUCAGCAGAGGAAACCCGUCCGCUGGCACUGGAAGCGACCCCACGUUCGAGCUUAGUGAUAUCACCACCGGCGAUAGAGUUGGUGCUGGAUUCCUGACAAGCGUGGUCCUCAUCGGCAUUCUUGGUGGGGCGUGGUGGAUGGUAUCUUAGAAAGUUAAUAUUUUCCUGUGAAUAUGUAACGAACAUGUUACCUACCUUCUUUUUUUUUUCUCCCUGUGGCGCAUUGUAUUGUCAUUGUUGCCUGUUCUUAUGCUGCUUUUUACAAGGUAUAUUUUGGAAAACCGGGCUGGGGUUUUGUGGGAUCUGAUAUUUCUCUUUCUCUUUUUUUUUCGUCCUCGCAAGGCUGCCGAGUAUAUGGGAUUAAAUAUAUCCACUUAAUGUCUCUUUUUUUUUUCUUUUCUUUUCUUUUCUUUCUUUUUUUUUUUUUCCUGGCAUUCGUAUGUUCCGAGUGCUGAUAUUUCUGUCCUGUAUAUGUAUUGGCUCUUGUCCACCUUCCCUGGGCGCUGCUCUUUAUCAAUGGUGUAAUCAAGGUGUAUGGCGAGUAGAGUGUUUACGCAACUUU